AUGUCACUCUGGGAGGGAGACAGCAGCAACUAAGCUGUGCAAGGUUUUUUUUUUUUUUUUUUUUCUUUUCCCUUCUUUUUCUUUCUUUCUUUUUUUUUCUUUUCCUUCUUUCUUUCUCUCUCUCUCUCUUUUUUUCUUUUUUCUUUAAGGUGGGGAAAGAGACAAACAGGAGACAGGAAGCUGAUCUGCAAGGAUUCGGAGUUGUGCUAAAAGGACUUGAUUUUUUCCCCCCCUUUACAAACGCUGGCAAUUGACAUCACUACAGACAGCCUGGUUAGAGAACAAACUGCCUCUUCCCAAGUGGACCCCGGCAGCUGGGGCAAGCCAGGAAAGGAGAGGCUGCGUGUGGGGUUUUUUCUACAGAUCUCACUCCCCACCCUUUUUUUUUUUUUUUUUUUUUUUUGGUGUGUAUGCUUUUUGUUUUGUUUUGUUUUCUUUUUUAAAAAAAAUUCUUGCUGUGUUGGAACUAGCGAGUGGUGGAGUCUCUGAAGCCUCAUCAGUCAUCGGGACUGUCAGGAAUAGUGGUUUAAGAGGAAGCUCGGCCUGGGGCACUAUACCCUGUCAUCCAGUUCCCUGCCUCGGAGAUAAAGAUUCCAGCUACAUGGGCAAACGCCUGGAUCAGCCACAAAUGUACCCCCAGUACACUUACUACUAUCCUCAUUAUCUCCAAACCAAGCAGUCCUAUGCACCAGCUCCCCACCCCAUGGCUCCUCCCAGCCCCAGCACAAACAGCAGCAGCAACAACAGCAGCAACAACAGCAGCGGGGAACAGUUGAGUAAAACCAACCUGUACAUUCGAGGCCUCCCGCCAGGCACCACUGACCAGGACCUAAUCAAGCUGUGCCAACCGUAUGGAAAAAUUGUAUCCACAAAGGCAAUUCUUGACAAAAACACAAAUCAGUGCAAAGGUUAUGGUUUUGUAGAUUUUGACAGUCCUGCAGCUGCACAGAAAGCGGUAGCGUCUCUCAAGGCGAAUGGCGUGCAGGCACAGAUGGCCAAGCAACAAGAGCAAGACCCAACAAACUUAUACAUCUCAAAUCUCCCCAUUUCUAUGGAUGAGCAGGAACUCGAGAAUAUGCUGAAACCCUUCGGACAUGUCAUUUCCACAAGAAUACUAAGAGAUGCUAAUGGAGUCAGCAGAGGUGUUGGCUUUGCCAGAAUGGAGUCUACUGAAAAAUGUGAAGUGGUAAUUCAACAUUUUAAUGGAAAAUACCUGAAAACACCACCAGGCAUCCCAGCCCCCAGUGAGCCUUUACUGUGCAAAUUUGCUGAUGGAGGACAAAAGAAGCGACAGAAUCAAAGCAAAUAUACCCAGAAUGGGAGGCCUUGGCCCAGGGAAGGAGAGGCUGGCAUGGCUCUGACCUAUGACCCUACAGCCGCCAUACAGAAUGGAUUUUAUUCUUCACCGUACAGUAUUGCAACCAACCGCAUGAUUCCACAGACAUCUAUCACGCCAUUCAUUGCUGCUUCCCCUGUCUCCACAUACCAGGUCCAGAGCACUUCAUGGAUGCCUCAUCCGCCAUACGUUAUGCAACCAACAGGUGCUGUGAUUACACCAACAAUGGACCAUCCUAUGUCAAUGCAGCCAGCAAACAUGAUGGGCCCCCUGACACAGCAGAUGAAUCACCUUUCAUUGGGCACAACAGGAACGUAUAUGACUGCUGCUGCUCCUAUGCAAGGGACCUACAUUCCCCAGUACACGCCUGUGCCUCCGACAGCUGUUUCCAUUGAAGGUGUUGUUACUGAUACCUCUCCCCAGACAGUGGCACCUUCAUCCCAGGACACCAGUGGUCAGCAGCAACAGAUAGCAGUGGACACAUCCAACGAACAUGCAUCUGCAUAUUCUUACCAACAGUCAAAACCAUAAACAGAAAUGAAGAAUGUCCGUCUGAAACUUUGCCUUGAAUGAAGAAACUUCAUUGAACAAGAAGUUGGCUUCCAGUUUGCACAGGCGUCAAUGGAAUGCUUUUUUUUUAAUUUUAUACUUUACCCAAUGAAAACAAAGUUUUUAUGUGCUGUGCAAAUAGUUCCUUCAUGUGGUCUGACAAUUUAUUUUUGCCAUCAUUUUUUUUAAUUAAAGAAAAAAAUCCCAGAAGAGGAAAAAAAAAAAAAAACUAUAAAACAAAACAUCAAAGGUUGACAUUUUAUCUGGAAGAAGAUUUGAAUUCAAAAUUUUCCUGAAGGUGUAGAUAGAUUUUUUUUUUUUUUUUUUUAACAGAAAACCUGAUGUCAAGAGGUGGGCAAACAGAAAUGGAAACAGAUUGUCUUCCUCAGUAAUUAAGCUACUCUGUCUCUCUUUUUCCCUUCUUGUUUAAAUCUAGUGGGUUGGUUUUUUUAUUUUAUUUUUUCUUAGAAAUAUUUAGGUAAGGUUUAUCUUGAAUCUUAAUUGCCUUAAUUUUAAGGACGUCAAAGGCUCUCGAGGCAAGCUGUCAACGUCUUGUUAAAAAAAAAAUCAAGAAAGAAUUGAAAUAUUGUGCCAGCUUUAACUGGUACAGAAGUUUAAGACUGAGUUUUUAGGGUGAAAAAAAAACUGUACAGUUUAAGUGAAAAUGUUUUUCUUCAUUUGAAGAAAAUUUGUUGAUAAAAGAAACCGUGGCAACUGCAAGAAUUGGGAAAAUGCUGGGACUUUUCAUGAACUUUGUCUUAAGUGUUGACACGAGUCAUUCUAGAAGGCUAAAACAUUUCACAGUAAAGUUAUUAAUGUUGGUUUAAAAACAACUGCAUUAGAAAUAAUGCGUGUUGGGGAGGCAGAAUGCAGAUUUUUUUAAUUUACAAAGCGUGAUCGCUAGCAAAAGCAUUAGUGCUUUUUAUCUGCAGUCUUUUUUAUGAGCUUUACAAAGUUUUUAGUCAGCUUUGCUUGUCACAUUGCAAAACCUAGCUUAAGAGCAUUAAAAAAAAAAAAACUUAAGUAGAUAGGAGCUUAUGGUCAAAAAGUGCAAAAAAACAAAAAAAGCAAUAGAUAGAGAAAUUGUUGACAAUUUCUGUAGUCUUUCCUAGUUGUGAUCAAAUUCAGCCUAUGGAUGGCCUAUUUUAUACCAAAGAUGAAGUGACACCCUAUUACAGUCCAGAGGAUAGAGGUUGUUUUUCUUUUCUUUUCUUUUU